AUGACAAAUUUAAUAACGUCUAUAAUAUCAACUGGAGAAAUCCAUUUAUUAUUUGGAUAUUCCAACGUUACAAAUAUUAGAAUUCCAUCUAUUAUUGAUUCAGGUGCCAAACCAAUACUUAUAACAGAUACAAAACCAUCAUUCCUUCCAGCAUUAAAACAAUAUGAAGCGGAUGAAAAAUUAACAGUUCUAGUGGAUCCUAAUUUUGCUGACAAAAUUCAAGAAUAUAUUACAACAUUGGGAAGACCAGAAGUAGAUGGUGUUGUUGAUAGAGUUUUUGUUUCUUUAACUAAUGAAUCAGUAAAACAAGAUAUUUACACUAAUUGUAAAAAACUUAGAAUACCCAUUAAUACAACUGAUUCUCCAGAAUUAUGUACAUUUACUAUGUUGUCAACUUAUACAUCUGGAGAUUUCCAAUUUGGUGUUACUACAAAUGGUAAAGGAUGUAAAUUAGCACUGAGAAUUAAAAGAGAAAUCAUUAAUCAUUUACCAAAUAAUAUGAAUGAAAUAUGUCAAACUAUUGGAGAAUUAAGAAAAACUAUUCAAGAAGAAGAUAAACUAGAGAUUGAAAGUGGAGAACAUGAAGAUGAUGCUGUAAAUAGUCAUAAAUUCAAUUCAUUUGUUCCAGAAUUCAAUCAAACUAAAGAAGAUCUCAAACUUCAAAGAACAAGAUGGUUAUCACAAAUUGUUGAAUAUUAUCCACUAAAUAAAUUAAACUUGAUUUCAAUUAAUGAUUUAUCAAAUGCAUACAAAUUACACAAACAACAACAACAACAGCAGCAGCAAGGUGAUGAUGAGGAACCAGCAUUAAAGAAACAAACAAUUAAAAAGGGAGAACUUACAUUAGUUGGAAGUGGUCCUGGUUCUGUAUCUUUAUUAACAUUAGGAGCAUUACAGGCUAUUCAUUCAGCUGAUUUAGUCCUUGCGGAUAAAUUAGUCCCACAACAAGUUUUAGAUUUAAUCCCAACAACUCAUGGUACUAAAUUAUUCAUUGCAAGAAAAUUUCCUGGAAAUGCAGAAAAAGCUCAACAAGAAUUAUUAUCCCUUGGUUUGGAAGCUUUAAAUAAAGGUCAAAAAGUAGUUAGAUUAAAACAAGGUGAUCCUUAUAUAUUCGGUCGUGGUGGUGAAGAAUUUAAUUAUUUUGAAGAACAUGGAUAUAAACCAAUUGUAUUACCUGGAAUUACUUCUGCUUUAGCAGCUCCUGUAUUAUCAAAUAUUCCUAUGACUCAUAGAGAUGUUGCUGAUCAAGUGUUGAUUUGUACUGGUACUGGAAGAAGAGGUGCUAUUCCAAAUUUACCAGAAUUUGUUCCAUCUAGAACAACAGUAUUUCUCAUGGCUUUACAUAGAGUUGUGGAAUUAAUUCCAAUGUUGGCAGAACAAAAAAAUUGGGAUUUGAAUUUACCAUGUGCUAUUAUUGAACGUGCAUCAUGUCCAGAUCAAAGAGUAAUAAGAACUACAUUAGGUAAAGUUGCUGAAGCAGUAGAAAGUUGUGGUUCUAGACCUCCAGGAUUAUUGGUUACUGGAUAUGCUUGUGAAGUUAUUUGGAAAAAAUCAACUGAUGCUUCUUGGGUAGUUGAAGAAGGUUGUGAAUUUGGUAAUGAUACUGAAUUGAAAAGAAUUGUUGAAUUGGUUAAUCAAGAUUGUAAACCAAAAAUAAUCGAAGAAUGGACUGGGUCUAAUAAUAAACAGAUUAGUGUGUAA